AUUAAAGCAAUAUUCCUGAAUAAACACGCAAUUAUGUGCCAGUUUAAAACACGUCAGUCUUAUUUGACAAAAUGAAAGAAGUGCCCGGUUGGCGUAACAUGAAACCGCUUUACUAUUUGUGCAAUUUUCUUGCAGUUACACCACCUCAUAGUCUCGGUAACACCGUAACUCCGGUUUCCCUACGUUUUAAACUUUAUACAAUUGUCCACAUUUUUAUCAUAAUCGCCCUUUAUGCGCACUCUUCCUACGGACGUGAGAAUUUUAUUUACGGCUCGAUGAACAUGACUGUGGCAAUAACGGACAAAAUUGCCAAUUUUAUGUUGACGUUUUUCAACGUUUCGUUACGAAUUAUUUUAGUUUUUUCGAAAGGUAAAGUGAUAAAGUCGUUUUUCAAUCAAGGGUAUGAGCUGUCCAAACAGGAGAUUUUUAACUGUUGUUCGAAAAAAUCUUUCCGAAUGAAUUUUGCUAUUUUCAACUUGUAUAUGGUGUUGUUACUGCUGUUUGACGCCUAUUUGUGGAUAAGUUCAGUCGGUGUGCGAAUGUUCCAAUACUACAUUGGACGUAGUUUCACUUAUUACGUGUGCAACACUACGAUUUUCCUAAUUUUUCAUUCGGUUUUGCCAAUUAAGCGUUUUUUCACGUCUUUAGGAAUCGCGUUUGACAACAUUAUGAAAAACCUAAUUUGUGAAAUUGACGGUAGACAUGAGUUUUUCCUCGCUGAGUUUAAAUCAGCUAAAACACCACCAAAUAAACUCAAUUGUUACGAUCUAAGACGUGUCAGGAAAAACUACAACAGUAUUUGCGAACUUGUUGAUGCUUUUAACAACAUUUAUGGCUUGGCAAUGCUUGAGAUUAUCAUCGUUGUGAUCACUUAUGUGCUGAAUUUGACCGAUUUGUUCCUGGUUUAUGGAAUGAGCAAGAGUCGAAAUAUUGAAGGAGUCUCGUUUGGGACAAAUUUGGUCAUUUUGUGUGCAUUAUGGAUCACCACAUUGCUUUUGUUCACGAUUUUGUUGGCUUAUGGCUGUGCUGGAGCCACUUCAGAGGCCGAAAAAAUCGCCAAAAUCUGCUUCUAUUGGUUGAACGAGAUUCCAACAAUGCCAGUUUCAAUCAAAGAUCAAACAAUAAAAGAGGAAUUGGCUCUUUUGGCCCAACAAUCAACUUCACGGACCCCCAAAUUUUCAGCAGCUGGGUUUUUUCCCGUCGAUUUCACUCUGCUUGGGUUCAUUUUCGGGAGUGUUACUUCUUACAUCAUCAUUUCGAUACAGUUUAUCGAAUAAAUGCACAAUCAUUUAUCGUAGAGACUGACUGUAUUACCUAAUUAUUAUUAACAAUAAAAAGUUUGAAAAUUAAAAAUCA